GCGUCAUACGCUGUUGGCGGUGGUCUUGUUGGCGGUGGUCUUGUCGGUGGUGGUCUUGUCGGUGGUGCUGAAGUACUCUCAGGCGGUGCUGUACUUGGUGGUGAUGCUGCUUUCGUCUCUGGUGGAGCAGCCUUAGAUUCAUCAGCUGCAGCAAUCCAUCAAGUUAACUAUGCUACUGAUGCUCAAGGUCUCUUCCGAGAUCCAAACCCACAUAUCAUCCGUCGUCCAGCUCCUGGUGGUGUACAAACAUAUACACAACACGUUCAUGUUCGAUUCCUUCAACCUCCACCUGUUCCACCUCCAGGCCCACUCAUCAUCAGAGAAGUGCGCCCACCUCAACCAGCUGUUCCACCACCACUUCGCGUUCGUCAAGUAGCUCCACCUCUUCCUCCACCACCUCCACUUGUUCUUCGUGAAAGACCACCAAUACCACCACCAGUGAUUGCAUCCCAAACGGUUAUUCGUCGUCUGGCCGGUUUACCAGUUCCACCACGAUCAGUUAUCCUUGAACGUCUUCCACCUGCUCCACCACGACCACGUGACAUCAUCAUUGAACGUUGGAUUCAAUAUGGACCUCAAGCUAGACGACGUACCAUUCUUCAACGUGCUGCUCUUCCACCACCAUAUCCAGCUCCACGAAAUGUUAUCAUCCAAUAUGACCAAGCUCAAGUUCGCGUUCUCCGUCAAUUCCACCGUGCUGGUGUUGUUCAAGCUAGCCCAGCUGCUUACGUUCAAACAUAUGGUGCUCAUCUUCUUGAUGCUGCUGCACUUGUUGCCCAAGCUCGUGCUGCUGGUGUUGUUGAAGAUAUCUCAGCUCCUGGUUAUGUUGGCUAUAGUGCUGCCGCAUAUGGUCAAGAAGCAUGGGGUGCUUCAGCAGGUUUAGUUGGUGGUGGUGCUGGCCUUGUUGCUGGAGGUGCUCAAGUUGUUGAUGCUGGUCUUGCCAUCGGUGGUGGACUCAGUUCAUCAUCAUUAUACGAAUCAUCAGGCCUCGCAGUAGGUGGUGCUGGCGGUUUAAGAGGCGGUCUCGUUGCCGGUGGUCUUGGUGCUGGUCAUGGUGCAUCAUGGAGAUCAUCUGGCUACAGAACUGGUGGUGCUGCUGGAGCUGAUGCUGCUUUCCUUGCUGCUGAUUCCAAUCUUAAUGGUACACUUGACAAAGGAGAAUUCCGUAAUUUCCUUGCUCAAAAUCUUUAA